AUGGAUUAGACGAAGGAACAAAUCUAAGAAUACUUUAAUGUUUUUGACAAGGAUGGAAGUGGUUUCAUAGAUAAGGAGGAAAUUAAGGAUUUGGCAAAAAAUGUUGGACUCGAUUGGAAUGAUCAUAAGUUGGAGAAAAUUAUUUCAGCUCUUGAUACAAAUGGAGAUGGAAAGAUUUCAUUUGAAGAAUUUUACGAAUACUUUUUAUAUGGUGAAUAGAAAGAAAUGGACGAAUUGAUGGAGAUGAAGUUUUAACAUAUAAAAAGUGUUAAGACUCUUCAAAAAUAAAUAAGUUAAGAUUAUGCACACAUCCUUUAAAAGAAUAAAGAAGAAGGAAAACAAUAGUAUUCUGUAUCCUUGAAUAUUGGAGAUAAAUCUAAUUUAUAAUAUGUUGUAGAAUUUGCUCUUAGAAUUGGUGAAGAGAAUACCAACUUUACCGAGUCUCUUCUGAAACACUUCGAAUAAAUUGAUAAUAAUACUAUUUAAAUAGUUAUUAGAUACUAAUGUUAUAAUCCUGAGGUGCUGAAAGGAAAGCUUUAAGAACUUUUCGAAACCUUAGUUGAAAUUGGUCUUAAUAUGAUGCCUCUUUAACUCUCAUAGCAAUUAGCAAAUUUAAAAGAUGAUUUAAAAAUAGAUUACGCCACUUUACCUGAUGAAUUAUUGAUUCGAAUAUAUUUGGAUAAUGAAAUUAUAGAUAAACUUGUUUUGGUUUAUAGAUAAUUAUCAGGAAUCCAAACUGAAAAUUUGUAAAAGAUUUUUAGAUAAUUAGAAACUGUUGAAAAGUUCUAAAAUACCGAUCCAGAAUUUUUGAAGAAUCUUGGCAGAGGACUUCAAGCUAACUUUGAUGUCACUACCUCAAGCGAUCUUGUAAAAUUGUUUUAUUUAUCAUUACAGGUCGAAUAUGCCCGAUAAAUUUAUUCUACUCUAUUGGCGAAAUAUCAUGGAACAUAUAAGGUAAAGUUUUUAGAACAUCUAACACCAUUCACUAUGAUUAACAACGCUAGAUUACAAUUCAAUUUCGAGACAUUUCAAGAUUUAGUAGAGGAAAUAGGAUCUCCUUUCUUAAAUUAUUUAAAUUAAUAACUUGCGAUAUCUUCAAAUUAAAAUAAUAAUAAUAAUGAGUUCAGCCAAAUACUUAACUAAACACCAAUAGCUAAUGAUUUCCUAAAUUUGUUGAAAUCAGAAAAAAAAGGACCAGUUGAUUUAGUAUUGAUAUCAAAAGAAGCCUCAAUAACCAUGACAGAUGCGUCAAAUGUGGUUUGA